AUGGCCGACUCGAUAGCGAGCAUGAUGGUUCGAUGUGCGUUGUUGCAGGGGAGCUUAUCGAUUAGCGACACGGUGAUCGAGAGGAGACCGUACCAUAAGAACUGUGAGUGUGCACUUCACAAGCUGAAAGGUAAAUGUUCUCGACUUUGGUCCUCGGAGAGGAACCUGUCGUUCCCGAAGAAGGCGAGAGGAUCUCUGGCCGUAUCAGCCUCAUCUGGUAGUCACGAGUCAUUUCCUGUACGAUCUCUUCGUCGAUAG